GGUCGAAACUCGAAAAAUAUGAAGGUAAAGUAGCAUUCACGCACACAUUCCAAGGCUAAUGCAUCAACUGUACAAGAUUCCCUCCUUUCUUCUUCUUCUUCUUCUUCUUCUUCUUCUUCUCUCCAUAUUUUUCUCAUCAUUUCAGUAUGUCCCCUUCUGUACACUUGCUUAAAAAGUUGAACUGAAAUGCAUGGGUUGCGCUGCUAAUCGUUUCCAUUUGAUUUUCCAAUCUAUUCAGGUUCCCUUUUUAUGGGCUUUAAGGUUUUUCUUUUUCUUUUAACUCUCUCUUCUCAGCAUUGCCUCUUUUCACUCUGUUUUAGCUUUUCUUCAACUUCUUAAACACAAAUAUAUAGUCUUUUCCCAUUUCUGGGGUUUCAGUCGUCUCUUGAAUGACUCUGCUCUCUUUGCUUCUCUACGUAUAAAGGUUUAAUCUGUUUUCCAAGUUCAGGUUUAGGGUUUUAAGGACAUUUUGGUAAAACCUGAAGACUGAAGAAAGGUGUUUACCCUUUUUCCAAAAUCUGUUUUGGGCCACAUUUGAUGAAAGAAGGGUUUUAGGUUUGACGUUAAGGGUUUUAGUGUUUUGGGAAAAAUCUACAUUUUCUGUACUGAGGAUGGUAAAAAGGCUCAAUUUUGUGAAGUGGGUGUUGUGAAUUUUUUUGGCAUAAAAAUGGGUGCAACAAGCUCAAAAUCAGAAAGGAGUGAAGCUCUAAGAUUAUGCAAAGAGAGGAAGAGAUUUAUAAAGCAAGCAGUUGAUUCAAGGUAUGCAUUAGCAGCUGCACAUGUUUCGUAUGUUCAAUCUUUGAGAAAUAUAGGCAUUGCUCUUAGGAGAUAUGCUGAAGCUGAAGUUUUAAUAGAAUCAUCUUUAUCAACAACUUCAGCUACUGAGCUUGACAAAACCCCUUCACAUUCUUCAUAUCCAUCACCAUCACCAUCUCACAUUGGUGGGGUUUCAGAUUCCCCUGUGUUAAAUGGAAGUCCCCUUUCACCAACUCCUGUUAUUGCUACUAGGUUGAGUUAUAUGAGGUCUUCUUCUGGACCUACUGCUGUUACUGUCAGGUUGAGUCCACCUUCAAGAAACAAUAUGUAUGUUGUAGAUGAUGUUGAUUUCUCUACCCCACUACCCCCUCCACCACCCCCAGAUUCAGGUUCUUGGGAUUUUUUUGACCCUACUGAUAAUGAUAGCUUUAGGUUUGUCACACAACAUAAUGGUAGGCAACUCAACUUUGAUGAAAAAGAUAAUGAUGAUGGUGAUAAUGGGAUUCAAGAAGAGUUCUUGACACCUAAAUCAGAGCCUAGAAGUAAUGGUAAUGGUAAAUUGGAAUUUCAUGAUUCUAGUUCAGUUAUGCCUCAGAGGGGUGAGAACAAUAGUCAGCAAGUAGUUGAUGGUGAGGCCAAGAAUGUGAGCAGUGAGCAGAAAGCGAAUGGCUCGGUUAGUAAAACAGUAUCUGGUUCAAGGGGAGACAAGUCUUUAGUGGAUGAAAGAGAGGAUCCUUCAGAGUUCAUAACUCAUAGGGCCAAAGAUUUUCUUUCUAGCAUAAAGGACAUUGAGCAUCGAUUCUUUAGAGCAUCUGAAUCCGGGAAAGAGAUUUCAAGAAUGCUCGAAGCUAACAAAAUCCGAGUUGGGUAUUCUGAGGCCAAAGGAAAAUCAUCAGUGUCGACCUAUUUGUCUUCCAUGGGCCCAAUUUGCUGCAGAAGAACGGGUGCAAACAUGUCUGGUGAAGCAGAACAUGUAACAAAGGUGAUUACCUGGAAGAGGACCACAUCCUCAAGAUCAUCUUCAUCGAGGAAUCCUCUAAAUAGUAAGGAUGACAAUGAUGAUAGUGGGAGUGAUUUUGUUGAAGAUUUUUGCAUGAUCGCUGGAAGCCACUCAUCCACCCUUGACAGAGUUUAUGCAUGGGAGAGGAAACUUUAUGAUGAAGUGAAGGCAAUUGAGUCAAUCAGGAGAGAGUAUGAUCGGAAGUGUAACCAACUUAGGCAUCAAUUUGCCAAAGAUGUUAGCACCCAAAUAAUUGACAAAACACGGGCAGUGGUGAAAGAUCUCCAUUCGCGCAUCAGGGUGGCUCUUUAUUCUGUUGAUUCAAUAUCAAAGCGGAUAGAGAAAAUGAGGGAUGAGGAGUUGCUGCCUCAACUUUUGGAACUUAUCCAAGGAUUGAUCAGAAUGUGGAGAGCAAUGCUUGAAUGCCAUCAUGCCCAGUAUAUAACCAUCUCCCUAGCAUACCAUGCUAAAGCUUCGGCCUCAAGUCCUCAGGGUGACACUCAAAAGCAGAUUAUGAGUCAGCUGCAGGAUGAAGUAGAGUGUUUUGGCUUGAGUUUUGCGGACUGGAUUAAUAGCCAUACAUUAUAUGUGGAAGCUCUUAACAGCUGGCUGCAAAACUGCAUCCUGCAUCCACGCGAGCGAACCAAAGGCAGAAGAGCAUUUUCCCCUAGAAGAGUUCUGGCCCCACCAAUAUUUGUGCUUUGCCGCGACUGGUCAGCUGGGAUAAAAUCUCUGCCUUCGGAAGAACUUAGUGAUGCCAUCAAAGACUUUUUGUAUGACCUACGGCAUUCUGUUGGGCACCACUCUGAGGAACUGCAAAAGAAAGAAACUGCUCCUGAUACAGGGAAUGAGGAAUCGGAGGCUAAAGAUGAAGAGAAGAAUGAUGAGAAGUCGUCGAACUUGAAUUGCAUACACUCCAGUUUAACAAGGGUUCUGGACCGUCUGACCAAGUUUUCCGAGGCUUCUUUGAAGAUGUGUGAAGAUAUCAGGCAGAAAUGUGAUACAGCUCGAAAUGCAUAUUUGAACUACCGGCCACCACCAAGAGCUUUUAGUAUAUGAUUGCAUAGUUGGCAUUACUUUUACUUUUAAAGUUAUGAAAGUAUAUUUUUGUACAUCAAGAAUGAUAAAGGUUAUCCCUUCUCCUUUUGGUGAAAAUUAGGUUACUAUAUAACAAUCUUGGAUGCACUCAGCAAUCUGCUUAAUCAUUAAAUAUCCGA